GGCAAGUACAGCGUAUAAGGUAUUAGCAAUUCAGCACAAUAUUAUUUAUUUUAAAAAGAACUACUUACAAAAUUCAAACAAACUGUGUUAUUCAAAAUGUCUUCAUGCAAAAACCGUAAAACCGAGCUAAUAGCCAUAUAUCGCCUUGAGUUUUAUAAAAAACAGAAUAAUUGGAAACUAGGUCCAAAUCGAAAAGACAAGAAAUCAUCUGAAAAAUCUUUGCAAAAGAAAAUAAACCUGAAUGUGACAUAUAAUCUGGAUCAUCCAGAUUUCGAAGAGCAAUCAGAUCCACUCAAUGUUGCUUUUGUAGAUUCUGACUCUGACAAAACAACACAAACAAAAUGUUUGACAGUUUAUUCUAAUCAAAGAAAUAAGGAGCUUUCACAGGAAUGGCUCGAGCCAGUCAAUAUUUGGCCAAGCACUGAGUCUUCGGAAGAUCGUCCUAAAUCUUCCACGAUAGAACAUGAGAAAAGCUUAACAUGGAACGUUCAAUCACACAGUCACGAUAAUUGGGUUGGAAUUAAUUCUACGCAAAAACUUAAAACUUGCACUCGAAGGAGAUUGGAAGAAUUACAGAAAGCAGCCAACGCUCAAGAAUUUACAAAAGAACAAGCAAAUGAAGCGAAUAAAGAUGGGCUUAAAGAUGAUUGUCGAGAAAGAUCAGUUUCAAAGACGACGUGGGUAGACGGAAAUGUUAAUACGGAAUGGAAAACGGAUUGCUAUCAAAAUAUGCCGACGGAUGCUGGAGUUUUGUCAGAUUCAAGGCACACAGCACAAGAUAUUUGGACGCAACCACUAGAAUCAGAUGUUCCAGAUGGGCUGGACUGUGCCGACGUAAUGAAUCCAGACGAUUGGAAAGCUGGAGUAAUUGGUGAUGCGCAUUGGAUAUCAGAGCGCUCGCGCGAGUGGUCGCUGGACAGCGAGGCCGAGUUCGUCCGCGGGGCGCACGCCGCGCCGCACUCCUCCGAGGCGGAGCUCGCGCUGCCCGCCGGUCUGGGGAUACAGGACGUGAGUUUGACGUCGCUAUCGCAACUGUCGUCGUCGCAGUUGAUGAUUGCCGCACGUCUGCACUCGCGAGUGUUGCGCAGACUGCUCCUGGAGAGCGAGCAGAGACAAAAAUUAAGAAACGCGACAUCUAUGAACAGCUUUUCUGGUGGCAGUUUUGAUGAGUAUCCGACGAGGGAUACCGGUCCUUACGGCCCAGGGAAUAGAGACAAUUGUUGCCUGGAUAGAAAUAUAAUCUAUAACGAUGUGUUCCUUGCUGGUUCCUUUAAGAAUGUGUGUGCUGAGGGACGGGGGAGGGGAAGAGGGAGGUUGAACGAAACAUCCCUAUGGAGAUAAUACAGUUUUUUCUUCAAAUAACAAAUCCAUUGUUGUUGUUUGGUGUUUUUUCGAUUGUUUUGAUUAAGUUUUUGAUGAUCCUGAACGUGUUUGGAGAUGUAACUGUAUUUUGUUGUGCUUAGAAGAAAGAAAAAAAUUUUUAGUGAUUAAUAAAUUUUUAUUUUUUUUCGGUUACGUUGUCUACAGUUUAUUAUCAU